CAGAUGCCCCCGGACGGCUGGACAGUGACAGUCUGCUGGCGAGGACAGUAACAAAGAUCUCGGUCGCCGUAGCUCCUCGAAGCGUAGCGUAGAGCAGAGCGGAGGACUACACCCCCCGGACCCCAGCGCUGCCGACCCGUAGGUAGGACCGGACGUCGCCGUAGCUCCUCGAAGCGUAGCGUAGAGCAGAGCGGAGGACUACACCCCCCGGACCCCAGCGCUGCCGACCCGUAGGUAGGACCGGACGUCGCCGUAGCUCCUCGAAGCGUAGCGUAGAGCAGAGCGGAGGACUACACCCCCCGGACCCCAGCGCUGCCGACCCGUAGGUAGGACCGGACGUCGCCGUAGCUCCUCGAAGCGUAGCGUAGAGCAGAGCGGAGGACUACACCCCCUGGACCCCAGCGCAGCCCACCCGUAGGACCGGACCCCAGCGCUGCCGACCCGUAGGUAGGACCGGACGUCGCCGUAGCUCCUCGAAGCGUAGCGUAGAGCAGAGCGGAGGACUACACCCCCCGGACCCCAGCGCUGCCGACCCGUAGGUAGGACCGGACGUCGCCGUAGCUCCUCGAAGCGUAGCGUAGAGCAGAGCGGAGGACUACACCCCCUGGACCCCAGCGCAGCCCACCCGUAGGACCGGACCCCAGCGCUGCCGACCCGUAGGUAGGACCGGACGUCGCCGUAGCUCCUCGAAGCGUAGCGUAGAGCAGAGCGGAGGACUACACCCCCUGGACCCCAGCGCAGCCCACCCGUAGGACCGGACGUAGGCAGCGGAGACCGCAACGCACAGUGCGUGAAAGCGUUGCGUGGUACCCAUCCAAUUUGGCCAAGCGUUAUUCAGUCGCGAUGAAAGGCUAGGUAUAAUGUCGCUGCCCGCUGGCAUUGUAGAUAUCGGCUUAGCGGCGGCAAAGCCCGAGGAAACACCGGAGAAUGGGGAGUGCGCUUUCCAUGCUAUCGCAAGUGGGCUCCCCAAGGCGGAACGGUACCUGGCAGCGGCGUAUUUACGGCGGCUUGUUGUCCGCGGUAUGACCACGCGUGCCGUGUGGGAGCACAUGCAGUCCAUCGGUGGUGGCUUCGGGCUAGUCGCAGCCCACCAGUCGGCUGUGUUGGACAACAGCGUGCAUCUUGGCCACCCGGCAGCAUAUGCAGCGUGGAUGUCUCGAACGUCAACUCUGGCAACGUACUUGGAGCUCAUGGUGCUGGCAGAGAUUCUGGGCGCGGUGAUUGUGAUAUGGCUCAAGCGUGCCACAUGCUACCACGGGCACCAAAAGUUGGUACCCACCGCGCCCACGCGCGUUCUGCAUAUUCUCAUAUCUCCGACCCCAACCAACGCCGGCCACUACGAGGGGUUCACCAGCACUACAGAACAGUCGCUACAUGCUUGUGUGGAUGUGGGGGCGGUGUCUCCCACCGGCUGGGAUUUGUGGUGCAAAGAUGCCCCCGCAGUGCCGGCGGCACUGGCGCCUCUGCGGGCCGAGGCCACAGGAACGGCGAUCGUGCAGGCACUGCUGUCUGCUGGCAGCACUUUUGUGCCCGCAUUGAGCCAGCUUGUGCGCAUGGUGGCAGCUGGCGUGCAAGAGCCAUUGACGUUUGGCACUGGUUCAUGGCGGUCACCAGCAGCCGCAUGUAAUCCUGCGAAUGGGUGUCAGGAAGGUGGUGGAGAGGGCGGUAUGGCAGCAGCAGCCAGCACCGGCACUAUUGAUAGGGGAGCCGGUGUGCAGUCCUGCACGUACGUGGCGCUUGCAAAUGUGAUGACGUCAGGCCACGGACUGCCAUUCGGGAGGGCCGGCACGUCAAGUUAUGGUCGUGGCGUGUCGUGUGGAAGCGAGGGCGGACAGAUGCACUCAUUACUACAGCAGGUGGCCCACCACAAGAUCCCGAUGGUGUGAAUGCGCCACCGGGCCUGACGUCUCAGAGCCGUUCCAAAUACGCAUCGGAGGCAGAACGGCGGGCAGCUCGGAAACGACGGCUGAAGGAGCAGCGUGCAAAAGAGACACCUCGUGCGUGUUUGGACCGGCUGGCAGAGGGGCGGAAGCAGAAACAGGCGGCCCGGGACAGGGAGACGACUGCACAGCGCGAUGAGCGGCUGGCAGAGCGGCGGAGGCAGAAACAGGCGGCCCUUGACAAGGAGACGACUGCACAGCGUGAGGUGCGGCUGGCAGAGCGGCGGAAGCAGGAUCAGGCGGCCCGGGACAGGGAGACAACCGCACAGCGCGAGGUGCGGCUGGCAGAGCAGCGGAAGCAGGAUCAGGCGGCCCGGGACAGGGAGACGACUGCACAGCGUGAUGGGCGGCUGGCAGACCGGCGGAAGCAGAAACAGGCAGCCCGGGACAGGGAGACGACUGCACAGCGUGAGGUGCGGCUGGCAGAGCGGCGGAAGCAGGAUCAGGCGGCCCGGGACAGGGAGACGACUGCACAGCGUGAUGGGCGGCUGGCAGAGCAGCGGAAGCAGGACCAGGCGGCCCGGGACAGGGAGACGACGGCACAGCGAGAUGAGCGGCUGGCAGAGCAGCGGAAGCAGAAACAGGCGGCCCGGGACAGGGAGACGAUGGCACAGCGAGAUGAGCGGCUGGCAGAGCAGCGGAAGCAGAGACAGGCUGCCCGUGAUGUGGAAUCACCUGAGGAGCGGGCUGCCCGCCGUGAGCGUGCAAGGUUGGCCAGCGCGCAUGAAUCAGAGAGCAGUGAUGAGGAGGCAAUUGGGGCGGGGUCUGUGCUUGUUGCCAUGGUUCUGGAGGCAGCACACUGGGGCGCGAGGUCUCAGCCAGCCGCUGCUGAUGCAGAGCAGCCGCCGGGAUGCCUGGAUUUCCCGCAUGGUGAAUGGCCUUUACGCCAGCAGGACCUGCCACCGGACGCAGUGCUGCCAGCUGUGCCAUUCCAGGUACAGGUGGACACGGCGCGCAGGCUUGACUUGGUGCUGAAAGAACACAUGCCCACGCGAGUGUGUGCAUGCUGCAGCGAGAUGAAGUCAGCAGUGGAGUCGCAGCAGCUGGAGUUCAGCCAGAUACCCAACGUCGAACUGCUACGUGCUGAUGUGCUGCGGACCGAUGCGGUGACGAGGCCUGCGCACGUUGUGACCUGGCGGCCACUACCAGGCCCAGACCCAGACGUGCCGCCGGCGGCACCCGAACCUGCACUGCCGGUGGGGUUCCGCCUGCAGUGGUUGCGCAACCGAGGCCAUCUUUGGUUGCAGCUACCAGACAGUGGUGCAGCGGGUGCGGUCGACGAGACGCUGGAGGAGGACGCAGAUGAGGAGCCUGGUGGCGCGGCAGCAGAUAUGGUGGCAAGAGCCUCAGCCGCUGAUGGAAUGGCAGUGCAGCACACCGGUGCAUACGGGUGUGAGGAUGAGCAGCAGCAACGGCCAGUGCGAAACCGGCGCGCGGUGCAUGAGAUCUACAGCGAGCCGGCCAACGGGCCUGUGGACGCCAACCUUCCAA